CCAGUCAUGUGAUCCACACAUCUAAUUUGGGACCAAUCUGAGAUGUAAGUGGCACCAGGCAGGUCUGGAGUAAUCAUGACUGCUGUGUGGAGUGUAAAGAACAUUACAGAUAUCUGUGCCUCUUGGAUCUAAAGGAGAUUUAUCUUGGCUUUAUAUCGGACAACUUCCGCACAUUUCUCAGCCUAGUAAGGCUGGACCUGUCCUCUCAACUUGAGGCUCAACUUUACACGGAACUGGAAACUGUGUGUGGGCAUGACACUGUAACCUAGGCAACUCACACUAAUGAGGACUAGCAGUAUGUGAGUGUUCCUAUUUUCUGGAUUUCUUCACACUGGAAUGGAUACCAUUUUCCUCCUCUCCCUGGUGCUAGCCAUCAUCCUGGCAGUGCGUGGCGAGGGCAGACAGAACAUCUACGCCAGUGGUUGUAAUGAGCAGGAACUGAAGCUGGACUGUGGAGCAGGACACCGUAUAGCCAUCAAACGCUUGUUCUUCGGUGUGAAGCUGGAUCCAGCCUGUGUGGGACAGCGCCGCACCCGGCGUGACUGCUGCUCCGCGUCACACACAGACUGCAUUGUGAACAGGGAACAGUCCUACCUGGACAUCAACACCCAGUGUUCUGGCUAUCCUGCCUGCAAGUUUACGGUCAGAAAGGUCACCACUGGUGGACAGUGUCUGAAGAAGACCACUGACUUUAUGACCAUCAUCUAUGACUGCAUAGCAGAUGUUGAUAUUGCGAGUUUCUGCUCUGAUACACAUAAGCGAGGGAAGGAGUUGUACAUAGCUAACAAAGAAUACCCAGCGUCUAUCCGCGGCAACAAACAUAGAUGUUCCUGCCUAGCCACGACAGAGCAGUCCCGCGGCAUCAGCCUCCACUCCAUUGACAUUCUCAUUGCCAUGUCAGAGUAUGGAGGCCGAACCUGUACUGAGCUCAUCAAGAUUGAAGACAGUUUCAAUUAUAAGAAGCAGAUCACUUGUGGCCACCGAGGACUGUAUGGCUUCCGAGCUCUGUAUGAACGGUCCACACGGAAUGUCACCAUCAGCUUGGAGAGCCACAGCCAAGAUCGUGGAACUGCUUACGUGUGGUUCCAGAUUAAAGCUGAACAAUCAAAAGACUUUGUGAACGUGUAUUGUGGGGAGGCACUCAGACGCCUCCUUGCCAAGCCAUACCAAGAUGCUGAAUCAAGGGAUCGAACUAAAGCUGAAGGUUCUAAUGAAAAGCUGAGCACUGUCACACCUCGCUGGCCUGAAAAUGAAUCACCUUCAGCAGCCAUAUUCCCUCUUACAUCUGACAUGGCUGCCAUUGUUGGAGGAAUCGUGGCUGCAUCGUUUGUUAUCUUCGCCAUCCUCAUCAUCUCCAUCGCUGUACACUGCCGGAGGAUGCGUCGAGCGAAGGAACCAGUGAAGCGAGUGGAGAUGUACCCUGCCAUGAGUCCGACGCCAUCGCUGGAUGUUGCAUCCUACUGUCGCUAUGACUACGAUGAUGACCACUACUGCUCAAUCAGUCGGAGUCCAUUGAAGGUAUCUUCCCAGUAUGACUACAACCCAAAUAAGAAUGUGGUACUGGGAUCAGACGAAUUUAACAAACCUGAAGAGGAUGAAGAUGAAGAUCUUCCUGCCCCUCCUCCCCCUUACAAUGGCAGUCCAGACGGACACCAAACAGAACCCCUCAUGAGUGUUCCUCCUCGUGAUUACCUCACUCUGCGAGAAGAGAUUGACAGUGCUGCUGGAAACCGCACUUUAACUCAACCUCCAAACUACUAUGCUGUCAUCAAUAAGAAAGGCAAUAAAAGUCCACCACCAAAAACACGCAGCAAGAGUGUCACAUUCUCUCAGCCUGUAGCAAUGGUAACACCACUUCCAUCAGGUUCAGAUGAGUCUGUCAUUGACCGAGAAGGAAAUGAGAAAAAUGAAGAGUUUCCACCACCAAUACUCGACUCUCCAACCAAACCAGAGACCAUCCAAAUACCCCGGUACGAUGGAGGGCAACCUCUGGACUCACCUGCAAGACCACUGUCCACAUUCCGUAGUCCUGACGAAGAGAUGAAGCUGAACAACCAGUUUGAUCUGCCUCCUCCUCCUCCAGAAGACUACGACGUGGACAACACAUGUCAGGCACAGUAUGACAACAUCCCCUACUACAGCGCCCAGGAGAAGUCGGUCUGGUUGCCACCUCACAACUAUGCACCCAAUGCUGUGCCAAAUGGGAAAGUGAGAAACAUCUAUGAAACAGGAGUCUGAGAAUCUCGGUCAGAUCUAUCAUGUGUGCCAUCUGUGAGACACAGGCAGGGAGUAAUGAGUACCGGGAUAAACACAAACUGUGUCAGCACCUCUCAACAUCUCAACACCAGGCAGUGGUAGAGCAAACAGUUUCAUUUGCCACAAAGGCGAGCAGCAAGAAAAAUCUGCAAGUUCUUAACUUUAAUCACCAUUUUCAUCAGAAGGUCAAACAAACUUGGUACUUUUGACAAGUACAUUGUACAUGCUACAUAAACUGUGGUGAAUCACAAAACAAUUCGUGGAAAUCAGUAUUUAUGUUUACUGAUACAUGUCAGAAUGUGACACCUUGUCAGACUGAAACAUCCGACUACAGCUUGUUACCUACUAAUGGCCAUUUUACAUAACGUUACUGUUCAGUAACUGAGGCUGGACAUACCUUCUAACCUGUAGUGGUGCAUACAAGAAAAAUAGUACUGUCAAUAUUGUACUGGGCAACAAUGUUGGAUAUGUGAAAUCAGUCUAAUGAAACUGAGACUAUUACAAUGUUGUACGUGUAGGUUCAGAUGUGUGUACAUUUAGUACAGUAAUGUGUAUAAAUUGUGUUUGGAACUGUCAUAUUUAUUCUACUGAGGAGACCAAAUAUGAUGGACAUGCUCUAAAUGUACAUAUUUGGGAGCAGAUCUGAUGUGUUCAUUUGUUAGUGCUCCAUGUCAGAGCAUCACAGUCCUGGCUACAGGAGAACUCAUUACAAAACUCACUUGGUAAAAUUUACAGCAAGCACAAAAAAUUGGAAUAGAAUUCUGCUCAACAAAUUAAAGAUUCUUCAACUUUGAACUAUUUUCACAAGCUCAUGAAAUGGUGGCCAGUAUCUUCUUCACCUUGUUUGUGCCAUGAGCAUCUUGGAGGGUUACAGUGUUAACUUCGUCUGCAUCAUUCAAGAUGGUUCAUGGCGCUGAUCAUUAGUUCAAACCAUUUUAGUCAUCAUAUUUUGAUGAGUAAUAUAUAGAUUAUACUGCCAUGAAUGAUAACUACUGAUAUCCUGCUGACUGCUGCUGGAUUAUGUGCAAUAUAAGGGAAUGGAUUCUGCUUUCUGAGGAACAAUGUGCAAUAUACAAGAGUACAAUGUAUGUAUUCGUUGAUGAAAUCUACAAUGCAGUUACACUGUAGCAUUGCUGAAGACGAUACCUCUAGAACAAUUGGGCAAUAUACACUGUGUGUCCGAUCUGUUCACAUACUAUAUAUAUACAUGGUUAUAACACACAAUGUAGCACAGAUACAGGAACCAUAGAUGACACUUUUAUGUCAUAGUAUCAGGACAAAAUGCUUGUUUGUAUUCCUAGCAACAUCUGCCAGGCCAUAUUAUCUGGUCAUAUAGUAUGAGUGUUAGAAAACCAUUGAGUAAUCACUGAGUAUACAUGUUACAAUACUGACGUGUGAUCAGUAUGUCAGACUCCAUUGAAAUUCAUUACGAUAGUCACUAUUCUCCAUGAUAUUCAUCCACAGAUUUGUUAUAUUUCAUUGAACAUACUUCUUCCUAUAUCUGCAAUAUACCUCUUUGUAGACA